AAUCCAAAAUUGAAAUACGAGGGUAGUUCUCUUUGUGACGGUGGUAGGUGGAGUGUUGCGAGAUCGAGGGCUUUCGUCUGUUUACUAAUUUUCUCUCUCUUUUCGUGUGUCUCUGAUUCUCUUUCAGUUCUUCGAAAAAACAAAAUUUUCAUUGCGCACAGGUUCUCCGAUUUCGUCGAUUUUGGAGUUCGCAGAUCUUGCGACUUCGGCAACUCGAGAUUGUGCUUGUUUUUUGGAGCAGUGAAUUCUUGAGUCUUUUGGAUCUCGAGUUAAAGCUCCGUUACGGAGGUUAGGAUUUUUUGUUAGAAGGCGAAAUUAGGGAUUGUAUAGUGGGAAUAGGGAAUUGAGUUUUUGGUUGGCAAGGAUUAGGGUUUUUGGAGGAGAUGGCUUCGAAUCCUCCAUUUCAGUUGGAGGAUCAGACGGAUGAGGAUUUCUUCGAUAAGCUGGUUGAGGACGAUGAUGUCCACGUGGCACCUGUUAAGCCCAUGGCUCAAGAUGUAAGCAGUGAUUCCGAUGAUGCCGCCAAAGUGUUUGCAAAUCUGGGAAUCGGUGAUGCCGAUGCCACCGUCGCUUCUGAAAAUUCAGGUGUUGGCAAGAGUGGGAUUGAGCUGAAUAGAGAAGAUGAUGGCAAUAAAUCCAAUGUUGGAACCGUUGCAGGUGAUUAUGAAAAGGGAGGUUUUAUGGCGUCCUUGAGUGAAGGGACUGUAGAUCCAGGAAUACAUGGAACCGGAUCCGAUGUUUUGAAGGAUUCAAAUGCCAGCAAGAGCAAUGGAACUGCCGGUCCAGAGAUUAAGCAAGUCGGUUGGAAUGCUUUUAAUAUGGAUUCUAGUGGAGGCGAAGGCUUUUCCGACUUUUUCAGUGAAUUUGGGGAUCAGUCUAGUGGGGAUUUUGGUGCGAAAGUGUAUGGUGGUUCUAAUGGUGAAGUGAAACAUGAUGAGGUGAAACAUGAUAAUGGAAUCCAAAGUGAUGGAUUUAACAGUUCGGUUACGUAUGCCCAAUACCAAGAGGGUCAAGCUUAUGAUGCAUCUCUUGGAAAUAGCACAAGUGGUCAAGAUCUCGGUAGCAGCCAGGACUGGGAGAGUCUUUAUCCUGGAUGGAAGUAUGACUACAAUACUGGGCAAUGGUAUCAAGUAGAUGACAAUGCAACAGCUGCAACUCAGGGAAGCACUGAUGGCAAUGCAGCAGUGGCAGCAGGUUGGCCUGCUGCUUCUGAUGCUGCAGCAGAGAUCUCCUAUGAGCAACAACCUUCUCAGUCAAUUGCAGGAACAUUAGCCCAAUCUGGUACAACUGAAAGUGUAUCUAACUGGAAUCAGGUUUCGCAAGGGAACAAUGGGUAUCCAGAACAUAUGUAUUUCGAUCCUCAAUAUCCCGGUUGGUAUUAUGACACAAUUGCCCAAGAAUGGCGCUCAUUAGAUACUUACAAUUCAUCAGUUCAAUCCACGGCUCAGGGACUAGAAAAUGGUCAUGCUUCUACUGGUUCUUUUUUGCAUACGGAUAAUAAUUUGUAUACAGAAUUCGGCCAAGCUGGCAGUUAUGGCUCACAGGAUGUUAGUGGUCAAGCUGUGGAUGGCAGAUGGAGUGGUUCGUAUGGUGUUAACCAUCAGCAAGGCUGGAACACUUACACGACUGAAUCUGUUAAUAGAAGUGGGGAUCAUGCAUCUUCUGUUGGAAACAAGCAAUUGGAUCAUUCUUAUGGAUCAAGUAUUUCUGUAAAAGAUCAACAGAGUACUUCUAGUUCAUUUGGAUCAGUUCCUAUGUAUAAUAAAGUGAACCACAAUCAUCAUCAAUCUAAUGGUAGUGUUGGAGUGCAAAGCUUUGCUCCUAGUGCAGAUCAUACUCAACAUUUAAAUUAUUCAAAUACAAAGUAUGAUGAGCACCAGAGUUUCUCAAAUGAUUACGCUGAAAGUCAGAAAUCCUUUAGUUACUCCCAGCAAUCAUUUCAGAGCGGGAAUCAGUAUUCUUACGCUCCUCAUGCUGGAAGAUCAUCAGCUGGACGUCCUCCCCAUGCCUUGGUGACCUUUGGAUUUGGUGGAAAACUUGUUGUAAUGAAGGAUUCUAGUCUCAUGAGCUCAUCCUUUGGUAGCCAGGAUGCUGCUGUUCAAGGUUCAGUUUCUGUGUUGAACGUGAUGGAAGUUGUCAGGGGAAGCAUGGGUUCUUCCAGUGAUUAUUUUCAUGCACUGACCCAGCAAUCUUUCCCAGGACCUUUGGUUGGUGGGAGUGUAGGAAGUAAAGAUUUGUACAAAUGGAUAGAUGAGCGGAUUGCAAACUGUGGAUCACCUGAUAUGGAUUAUAAGAAAGGUGAAAGGUUGAGACUCCUUCUCUCCUUGCUUAAAAUAGCCUGCCAACAUUAUGGGAAAUUACGUUCUCCAUUUGGCACAGAUACCAUACUGAAAGAAAAUGAUACUCCUGAAUCAGCAGUUGCAAAACUCUUUGCAUCAGUCAAGAUGACUAGUAAGGAUUUCACUCAGUAUGGCAUCCUGAGCCAUUGCCUGCAAAACUUGCCUCCAGAAGAAAGAAUGCGGGCUACGGCUUCUGAGGUACAAAAUCUUCUUGUCUCGGGCAAAAAGAAGGAGGCUUUGCAAUGUGCACAAGAAGGUCAAUUGUGGGGCCCUGCACUUGUACUUGCUUCACAACUUGGUGAACAGUUCUAUGUUGAUACAGUUAAGCAAAUGGCCCUUCGACAACUGGUUGCAGGGUCACCUCUGCGCACAUUAUGCCUUCUAAUUGCUGGACAACCUGCUGAAGUUUUCUCUGCUGACAGCUCAACUGGAGGGAAUCCCAGUGCCUUUAAUAUGCCUGAGCAGUCUGCACAGUUAGGAUCUAAUGCCAUGCUUGAUGAUUGGGAAGAGAAUCUGUCUGUAAUAACUGCAAACAGAACCAAAGAUGAUGAACUAGUAAUUAUUCAUUUAGGUGAUAGCUUGUGGAAGGAGAGAAGUGAGAUCACCGCUGCACACAUAUGCUAUUUAGUUGCUGAAGCAAACUUUGAGUCAUACUCAGACAGUGCAAGGCUCUGUCUAUUAGGAGCAGAUCACUGGAAAUUUCCUCGAACUUAUGCUAGUCCAGAAGCUAUCCAGAGAACUGAAUUAUACGAAUAUUCGAAGGUGAUUGGAAACUCCCAGUUUAUUUUGGUUCCAUUCCAGCCAUAUAAGCUUAUAUAUGCCUAUAUGCUUGCUGAAGUGGGAAAGAUUUCAGACUCGUUGAAGUACUGUCAAGCAGCAUUGAAAUCCUUAAAAAUUGGCAGGACACCGGAAGUAGAAACAUGGAAACAAUUGGUAUUGUCUCUUGAGGAGAGGAUUAGAACCCACCAACAGGGUGGAUAUGCUGCAAAUUUGGCUCCUGCAAAGUUAGUGGGCAAAUUGCUCAACUUUUUUGAUAGUACUGCUCAUAAAGUUGUUGGUGGAUUGCCCCCGCCUGCUCCAUCAUCAUCACAAGGAACUGUACAUGGAAAUGAACAGCAUCAUCACUCUGUGGCACACACGCAGAGAGUAGCCAGUAGCCAAUCAACGAUGGCCAUGUCAUCCUUAGUUCCAUCUGUUUCUAUGGAACCCAUAACCGAGUGGACAACUGACAAUAAUAAAAUGACAAUGCCCAAUAGAAGUGUUUCGGAGCCAGACUUUGGUAGAAGCCCCAGACAGGAAACUUCACCUGAUGCACAAGUACGAGAGGCAGUAUCAGGGGGAACUACACACUUCUCCCGUUUUGGUUUUGGCUCACAACUUUUGCAAAAGACGGUGGGGUUAGUCUUGAGGCCUCGCACUGGCAAACAGGCUAAAUUGGGUGAAAAGAACAAAUUCUACUAUGAUGAAAAACUGAAGAGAUGGGUAGAGGAAGGUGCAUUACAAACAGAAGGAUCACCUUCCAAUGGUGGCUCUGAUUUGAGAACUUCAAGUUCUCCUGGGAUGCCACCAAUGCCACCUAGCACAAACCAAUUCUCUGCACGUGGCCGCAUGGGUGUUCGGUCAAGGUAUGUUGAUACCUUCAACCAAGGUGGUGGAAGCUCUGCAAACUUAUUUCAAUCGCCACCUGUUGCAUCUGUCAAACCUGCUCUUGGAGCCAAUGCAAAGUUUUUCAUUCCGUCUCCUGCACCAUCAUCAAAUGACCAGACAAUGACGGGUAUAACAGAAAGCAAUCAAGAAGAUACCUCGAGUAAUGAAAAUCCGUCUACAUCUUCAGGGAAUGAUUGGUCCCCCCAACCCCUCAGUCCCAAGCCACCAUUGCCCAAACAAAAGUUUCCAAGUAUGGGUCACAUCUCAAACCAGGUAACAAUGACAAAUAGUGGCAACCCUGGUUCCCUUCAACGGCGAGCUUCAUGGGAUAGUAGUGUUAGCACUUCAUUUAGCCCGUUGAGGAAGGGUGAAAUUAGGCCUCUAGGGGAAGCUUUGGGACUGCCACCAUCAGUGUAUAUGCCUAAUCAGUUUUCUUCGAUGAGCGCACCUCCUACAAGGAGUGGCAGUGGCAGUUUUAGUGAUCUUCAUGAGGUUGAACUUUGAGCAGAUAAUUCAGCUGUAAAUAUCAAAUUUUAUUUAUGGUCAUUAUCAUGGUUGGGAUCUGAGACACAAGAAUGGUGGUACAAGAUCUCUUCCCCUGCCCCAUUGUUCUAUAUAAUAUACAUCAUAGGUGUUAUUUUACUUUAAAUGCCAAGGUCACAGGUGGCUUUAGGUGGUGGUGGUGGUGGUGGUGGCCUUCUAGUAAGGGAUAGGCCCACUUACUUUGGCGAGCAGUAACCAAUUUGAAGAGCCUCCUCCAACUCGGUUCUUUUCAUGUCCAUAAACAGUUGAACUCUGAAACAGCAGCCAUCUCCAACCUCGCAUCUUCGUUGAGCCUACUCUCCCCCACCAACGGGCAGCAUGGCGGUGCCGAUCACCACUGCAAUCCAUGCUGCCACAACUCUUGUUGUACAACAAUGCUACACUGCUAUGAAGGACAGCCACCCGUGGCAACCUCGGUCUGCAACCCCAUCUCCUGCCUUCAAAAUGCCCAAAUUUGAUCCCUUCGCUACUGGCUCAUCAUCCUGCAUGCUUGAGAAACACUGCCUCUUUCUCUUUGAUUGUUUGGAUUAUUUUAUUUUAUUUUUUGACAACGGUCUCUAAACAGAUAUAGAAAUGUGUAGGAAUUUAAACUUGUUUGGAUAAGAAAACAAAUAUAGAAACGAGACAAGCAAACAAUUUUGUUUGUGUCUUUAUUUC